GACUGAAUCUGAUCAUCAAGCAAUUCACACAAGUGUUGAUCUUCAGCUGAAAGACCCCCUUCCAUUGGACUGGGAGCAAUGCCUUGAUCUUCAAUCAGGAAGAAUGUAUUAUCUGAACAAAAAGACAUCGAGGAAGAGCUGGAAGAUGCCCAAGGAUCAAAAGCUAGACCUUGAACUCAACAUCUCAACACAAUCUGAUCAGGAAUAUUGCAGCAAUACGAUCAGCUCUCACACGCUUGAAGACUCCAAGAAGAUCAAGUAUAUCUCAAAUAGUAACAUGAUGGCUUUGGCUUGCAUGAAUUGCCAUCUCCUCGUCAUACUUUCCACAUCCUCUCCAUCAUGCCCCAACUGCAAGUACGUCUAUUCACUGCCGUCCCAACAGAGCCGCCCCGCGCCCAAGCUCCCUGCAGUCAAGUCCUUUAAUACUUUAAGCCUAUUAAACUGAGUAAUUCUAAAAAUCACUCUUAUGUCUCUCUUGUGUCGCUAUAAGAAUAAGGUGGUUUUUAAAAUUAUCAUUUGAUCAAAGUUCAAUAAUAAUCAAUUACGAGGCCAAUGUAGAUUUUAGAAGCCACAUCAUUCUUAAAGUAACAUAAUAUGGACACAAGAGUAACUUCUAGCAUUACUCUAUUAAACUGAUUUUCAAGCUGGUUUUUAACGUUGUAUUCCAAGUAGUAAAUGUAAAAGUAUGGGAAGCCUUUCUUUUAUUUUA